AUGCCUUCCCAUGAAGAAAAGUCCGAUGACGGGCUGUCUGAGAUCAUGCUGGAAACAGAAUCUCUCUUGACUCGACUUUUCACGAUCAAAUCUCCAGCACCAUCCGAUCCCAUUGUUCAAAAGCUCAAUGCCCAUGAGAUACAAAACAUGCAGCAUCAACUGAUGCCUGAUGACCAUCCUCGAGAUCUUUCUUCCGCACUUCAACAAGCGAUGGCAGUCUUCGAUAACCGCAUGCGCCUCACCCACCCCCGUUGCUUCUCCUACAUCCCCGUCUGUCCCAACCCCGUUGCCCUGUUGGGUGACCUCCUCACUUCUGUCUUCAAUGUAAACGCUGCCAGUUGGGACGUGGGCUCUGGUCCCAGCGCGGUCGAAACAGCCAUGAUAGCCUGGCUGGGCGCCCAGCUUGGACUGCCCGACUCAGUCGAAGGAUGCUUUGUCUCCGGCGGCUCGAUGGGCAACAUGACAGCCAUCGUUGCGGCGCGAGACGAGAUCCUUCAUCCCCUGCAGCGCGCAUACGCCAUCAUCUACAUCUCCGACCAGACACACAUCUCCAUCCUCAAGGCCCUCCACAUCACCGGCUUCACGCACCACCAGGUCCGCAAGAUCCCCACCGACGAUGACUUCCGCAUCGAUGUCGACAUCCUGCGACGCACCGUCGCUUCCGACCGCCACUCCGGCCUCGUUCCUUUCCUGCUUGUCGCCACCUGCGGCACCACCAACACCGGCAGCAUCGACCCUCUGCAUGCGCUAGCGGAUCUCGCGCGCGACGAAGGCCUCUGGCUCCAUGUCGACGGCGCAUACGGUGCCUCCAUCGCGCUCUCCGAUCAGCACCGCUCCCUCGUUGACGGGAUCGGUCGCGCAGACAGCAUCUCCUGGGACGGCCACAAAUGGCUCUUCCAGACCUACGGCUGCGGGAUCGUACUCACGCGUCGCUCUGGCUCGCUUCGCCGCAGCUUCGCCGUGGACGCCGAGUACAUCCGCGACUCAACGGUACCCGAGGGGACCACGAACUUCUACAACCUCGGCCCCGAGCUCAGUCGGCCUGCGCGCGCCAUGUCUCUCUGGCUCACUUUGCGAGUCCUCGGUCGUCGUCGCAUGGGCGAGAUGAUCGACCGGGGUUUCCUCCUUGCGCGCACCGCAGACCACAGCAUCCGUCAGUACAGGGACUGGAUCAUCGCGGCGCCGACGGUCGCCAGCAUUGUAGUUUUUCGGUACGCGCCGCCGGGCCUGGACGACGGGGCGCUGGACGCGUUGAACAAGGCCAUUUCACGGCGUCUCCUGGCCGAGGAUGUUGCUGCUAUUCUCACGACUACGGUUCGCGGACGCACUGUGCUUCGGAUGUGUGCUAUGAAUCCUCUUGUGGAGCCGGAGACGAUCGAGGAUGUGAUACGUCGAGUGGAUGGGAUCGCGCGGUCGGAGGCGUCCAGACGCAAGGAGAGCCAUUUUCAAUUGGGAUCUGCCAUGUAUCUUGGCUGA